AUGGGCUCAAUUGCUAUUGCCGGCGAAUGCAUUAAAUGGUUGCGUGACAAUCUUGGAUUGAUUCCAGACUCUAAAAGCACUCAAACGAUUGCAGCUAGUGUCGAGGAUACCGGUGGUGUUUAUUUUGUUCCUGCGUUCUCAGGUUUAUUUGCACCCUAUUGGCGAUCUGAUGCUCGAGGCUUGAUUAUGGGUAUGACUCAAUAUACAACAAAAGCACACAUUGUUCGAGCUGCUCUCGAAGGUAUUUGUUAUCAAACACGCGAGAUCAUUGAUGCCAUGUAUGUUGAUAGUGGUGUACGCCUUUCAAAAUUAAAGGUUGACGGAGGAAUGGCAAAUAAUACAUUGUUUCUUCAAAUGCUUGCUGAUAUUGUUGGUAUCAAUGUCGAUACGCCUCGUCUAUUUGAAACAACAGCAUUAGGUGCUGCACUUGCUGCUGGAAAAGCAAAAGGAAUUGAUCUAUUCAAAUUGAACCCAGAAAAUGAGAUCGAAACUGGAAUGACUUCAUAUAUACCUAGAAUACAAGGAAAACAGCGCGAAGAAAAUUUCUCUGCAUGGAAAAAAGCUGUUAUAAAGAGUUUUGAUCGCCCAACGCCUCCGUUCGAUACUGAAAAUCAAGGUACAAAACGAGACGACAAGACUCAUCUAUCAUCAACAACUGUUGCAUGGAUAACUUUGACAGGUGCUUUUGGCGUUCUAUUGUAUAUGGCGUCUCGUAAUAACAAGUCCCACCUAUUCUAA